AUGGCACCUCCAACAAACCAACGAAAGCGCAAGGCUGUUACCCGAGAUGUACCUGAGAUAUCCGAUGUGGAGUCUGAAGCAGAAUUUGGUGAUGGAAUUUUAGAAGGAAUCCUUGUCGCAAAGUGA